AUGCGUACGAAGGCGUCCUAAAUCUGUUUUGAAACGAUACAUUCGUACAAAAGUUUUUCUACUCGGAAAAUCAACAGUUUGAUAACGAACUUUUAAGCCAACGAAGUGGUAGUCGAGCAAUCGGCGCCCGCUGAGAAGACUGAAGAAGAGAAAAAAGCGCUCGAAGAACGGCAAAAAAUGCUCGAAGCGCAGCAAAUCGCCAAGGUAACAAAUAUAUAUUCAUUUACUGUUUUUGAAAAAAUUUAUUAUCUUAGUGUUCGGCUCAAAAAAUUUUUACAAAUCCAUCAUUUUUUGUAAUGAGAAGACAAAUAUUGCUUGAAAAUAGUUUAUGAAACAUAAGGAUGGUGAAAAAUUGACAAAUUUUCAUUUCAGAAAAGGUAAAUUGAUUGGGAAAGGUAGGAAAAUUUCAAUAUAUAAAUAUUUUCGAGGCUUUGAAAAAACUCUUUAAAUAUUUUGAAUAAUCGAAAAAAUUAUCGAAAAUCCUAGCUCUUUCAUCAUGUUCUCAAGGCUCGGAAGAUCAAAAACGAAAGUCUGAAUUUUCGAAACUUUUUCUCAGAAAGUUUCGAACCUUCUUAUAUAUCUUUGUAAGACAAGAGAAAAUUUUCUGAAUUCUGAGAAAAGCCAUAGAAAGUUCUAAAAAAAGCUUACUUUUCAACUCCGACACAUUUGCAGGCCCAACAAGCCGCGGCGAUCCAAGCGGCUGCCGCAAAAGUCGCCCAGGCUCAACAGCAAAAAGUAGAAGUUCAAGUCCAAGAAGACCAAGUCAACAUCCAAAUCACCCAGCAACAAGUCCAACCUCAACAACAGGAGGUACUCAAUCUUUCGUUUCCCCUCCAAAAAACGGCCGUUCCAAUGAGAAUUUCGGCUCAGAUCCAGAUGUUCAGUUGACAUUUUGCAAUGUUUCAGGCCAGCGGCCCAUCAGCUGAGGAAAUCCGACAGAAAGAAGAGGCCGUGAGUUUUUUUUUUUCGUUUUUGAAAUUCUUGAUUUAUUGAUCUUUGGAUUUCAGAAAUAGCGUUCCAUGCAUCAAUGGAAGAUAAAUUAGAAAAGGAAAAAUUAGAAGUCAGAAACGUUAAAAAUAAACAAAACAUUUCCUCUCGGGACCAAAAACAACGACGGCUACAAGUUUUCCUUCUUGAACUGAUUUACUAUCUGUUCUUACUUCAAUUUUUAGGCCCGAGCUCAAGCAGACGCCGAAAGAAAAGCCGCAGAAGCUCGCAUAGCCAUCGCAAGAGCUCAGCAAGAAGCCGCCUUGAAAGCUGCGCAAGAAAACGCGAAAAAAGCCCAGGAAGAAGCGCUGAAAAAGGCCCAAGCAGCCCAAGCAGAAGCCCAGGCACGUGCCAAAGCCGCUCAGGAAGCUCAGUUGAAAGCCCAGCAAGAAGCAUUGAACCGGGCCAAGGAGGCUCAACAGAAGGCCCAAGCAGAGGCCCAAGCGAGAGCUAAGGCUCAGGCCGAAGCACAACAGAAGGCCUUGCAAGAGGCUCAGGCUCGUGUGAAGGCUCAGGCUGAAGCCCAAGCCAAGGCCCAGCAGGAGGCUCAGGCCAAAGCUCAGCAAGCUCAGAAUCAGGCGAAAAUUCAGCAGCAGCAGCAAGUUCAAGCUCAAAAUCAGCAGAACAUCAAUAAGUCUGCACCACAACCUCAAGCUCAGAAUCAAGUCAAGCAGGCUCAAGCUCAGCCAGCUCAAAACCAACAGAACUCCUACAGAUUCGGAGCUCAAAGUCAAGUGACAACUCAACAGCAGCAAGUUCAAGCUCAAAAUCAAGUGAAGACACAAGCUCAGCCAGCUCAAAACCAGCAGAAUUUCAAUAAGACUGCACCUCAAACUCAAGCUAAACCUGCCCCACAAGCUCAGCCAGCUCCUGCUCAGAAUCAGCAGAACUUCACCAGAUUUGGAGCACAACCUCAAGCUCAGAAUCAAGCUCAACCAGCUCAAAAUCAAGCUCAGCCAGCUCCUGCUCAAAACCAACAGAACAGAUUUGGAGCUCAAGCUCAAGCUCAGAUGCAACCUCAACCAGCUCAAAAUAAGCCUGGACCCCAAGCUCCAGCUCAGAACCAACAAAAGCCUCAACAACAAGCUCAAGGCCAACAAAACUUCAAUAAACCUACUCCAGCUCAACCUCAAACUCAACAGAAAGCUGCCCCAGCCGUUCCUCAGAAGCCUCAACAGAACCAGCCCAGCUGGAAGCAACCUGCUCCAGCUCCAGCUCCAGCUCCUCAGAAUGGUUUCUGAAAUCCGAAUAGGACAGAAAAAGAUGAAGAAGUUCAGAAGCACCCGCAGCGCAGCCGAAAUGGGGCCGAGCUCCUCAGAAAGUUCAGACGGCGGGUCCUCAGCCGGAACAGCCGAAGCAGGCUCAACCCGUGGCUCCUCCUCAGGGAAAUACGGCCUUGAGACAAACCGCCAAGGUGAUUUCUGGGAAGUAGUGGCCACUUGAGUGGUUCCUCAGGGUCUACUUGCCACUAAAUCACCCCUUGCAUCUAAGUGGCCACUAAAGUAGUUUUAGGGGUCUAGUAGUGUCAAUUGGACUUGGUUGGACCACUAUAGUGGCCACUUAGACUUGAUAACCCUAUAGUGGCUACUUCUCGCAGUUUGAUAAAAAUUUGAGUUUUUGAAGAAUAUAAACAAAAAAUUUUGAACUUCACGAAUAACUAGAAAAGUUAUACCUUUUCAGCCUUUUUUUCGCAACCUUUUUUUUAAAAUAUAAUUUUUUUAAUAAUUUUAUCGGUUAAAGUAAAUUCCUGUUACUUGAAACAUUAUAAUCGACUUUCGAGAAGAGAAGCUCGAUAUUUGUAUUCAGCCGUUCAAAGUGAUUCCGCGAAAAUAGCCUUCAGAAAAAGAAAAAUCCCCUCUAGGGGUCGCUUCAAAUACCCUUAUAGGGACCAGUAAAGCUUCCAAAAAGGAGAGAGAGACCUUAUAGGUACCGCCUAAAUUUUAAUAUCAUAGGAGCCCUAUAGGGACCACUCUGUCGAUCCUAAGUAUUUUUAUCGAAUUUGGUUUUCAUUAUUUUUUUUUUUGACGUGAAUCCGAAGUCAAUGGAGCAGGAGCUUCACCAAUUUUUCCUCAGGAAUUUCGAAUUCGCUCCAAUACCUUGAGUCUCUCUGAAAACAAUUCAGCGAUUCUCUUUCAUUUCCUCCAGCAGAACCAAGUAACUCUUCUGUUUUUUUUUGUUUAUUUUGCCAAGGGGUCCUGGUGCGAAAAUAAAGAAUUGUGUAAUAUAUCCGACAAAGCCGCGGUGCCGUAACUUUUGACGCCAGGCCCACCUUCUUCCUACUUUUUCCAUUGGUUUCAUUGGUUCUACCCGACCUGGUUCAGUUUUAUGUGAGCAAAUUGUUUCAAGUUAAGAUAUUGAUCCGUUAGGAGAGUUAAAAAAAUGAAACACAAAUAUUUUUUUGAAACGACCAAAAAUUUUGCAAGUUAUGUUUAUCUGUUUGAAAAAUUUAAGUUUACAGUUUUUUUCUUUAAAAAAGGCGAUUUCUUGAAAUUCAAGAUUUUACCUGUUCAGAAAGUUAAAAACAAAGAUGAAAAAGGAUUUUUUUAAAUUUUGGGAAAGGUUCAAAAAAAUUUGAAAAAUUAAAAAAAUAUUUUUCUGUAGGAGAGAUGAAAAACUGAGAAGCAAAGCGUUUUCUAGUUUUUUUUUUUAAAUUCAAAAUUCCUUUUUUUGAAACGGUAAAAAUUGAAGAGAAAAAAAGCAGGAUACAACAAUUAUUCAGAAUUUAUUCAGCUUUUUCCUGUAUCUUACCCAAAAAAAUAAAUUAUUGACUUUAACGGUCACUAAACACGUUGAAAAAAUAAGAAAAAAAGCUUGAAAUUCUUUUUUUUGCUUUGAAAGUAGGUUUUCAAUAUUUUUUUAUUUUUUUAAAAGGAUAUCAAAAAUUUUCUCAAAACCUUCUAACUUUUUCUCAUUUUCGAAUAAUUUUACAAGUUUGGAACUUGUUAAGGUUGAACCUGCCUUUGUACAGGUAAAUUUUUUUUUAAAUCCAGCUUUUUUUCUGCACAUUUCUAGCUCACCAUUCUGGAACUAUGCGUACAUUUUUUAUUACUGAAAUCAUUUUUGAACACCAAUUAUAGUCUGUUCAGAUUUUGAAUGUCAAGUCGUCGCUCAAGCUCCGCCCCUGAUGGCGCGAUGAACCAAUAAGAGAGCGAACCAUCCACAGAGCAUUUUCGAAUGACGUCAUCGUACUUGACAUUCAAAAUCUGAACAGACUAUAAUUAUCAAAAGAAAAAUUUGACCUGUCCAUUUCUGAUAUACAAGAGGAAAUUUCAGUAAAAAAAUUCAGUAAUAAAUUCAAUUUUCCCAAGUUUUAAUCAAAAAAAUUUAGACGGUUUGAAAAAAAUUGCUUUUUUUGUUGUAAUAAAAAAAGUCCUUGCAGUGAAUAGAAACGUUUGAUAAAUCACUAUAAUAAAUAAAAAAAUAUUCAGGAGUUUUUUUGCAUUCUUUUUUUUAAUAGAAACUUACACUAAUAAGAUUCAAAAAAAUGGAUCAAAAAAAGUUGAAAAAAAUCUUUUUGAGUGAAAUUCCUGAAGUUUACGUGUAAUGACAAAAAUUGAACCAGGAAUGAGAUGAUGAAAAGAUUUCUUGCGUCUUUUUUUUCUAAAUGAAGCUUUUUUAAUUGAAAAACGAAUGAAAUAGUUGUUUCUCUGGAAAAAAAAAUUAUUCAGUGGCCCCUUUAGGGCUCAACUUUUAAGUAGUCACUUUAGUACCUUCUCUAACAAGGGAGCGAUUGGGAAUUUCUUGAAAAUUGACCAAAAAUCUCUUUGACGGCCUAGAUGAAAAAUUCUGAAACACUCAAGCUUCAAAAUGUUCUAGUUUUUGAAAAAUAAAACUCAGAGCCUCAAUAUGGCCUAUUUUUACGAAUUUUUAAGCUUUUCUUUGACUUUCAGAUGUUCUUUUUCAAAAACUAUGAAGUUUUCCAGGUUGAAACUUUCAGUAUAUUUUUCUGGUCAAUUUUCAGGAAAUUCCCGAACCCAAAGGACCUCCCUUGUAAGUCAUCCUCGAAAAACCCCUUAAGAGGCCACUAAAAAUUCUCCUAGAUAAGUUUUUUUCGCCCGAACGGUUGGCCAAUAUCUUGUUUGCUUCGCCUGGAGUGCCACGGUCCUUAUCACUUAUCUUUCUGUUUUUUUGCGCCCGCUUAUCUUGAGAGGGAUCUUGCCAGCCAUUCCUCGCAAUUGAUCUGAUUUUCUCAGCUUUCCGACUUUUGUUUCAGUUUUACGGUGGUAGCUGUUGAAAUUGCAGUUUUUUCAAACAGCUUCAAGUUAAAAUAAUGGUAGAAACGAAAUUUUUGAGAAAAAAAAGGCGAAUUUUUCAAUAGAAAUGGGACAAAUGCUGUGAAAUUUCAGACUUGAAAAAAUGGUAAUUUCAGACACAUCUUGUUUAAUUACAUUUUUGGGCUUGAAAAAAAUUUUUCCUUUUUAGAAAAAAAUUGGACUUUUUCAAAUUUUUAUGACCAGAAGCAUAAUGUCCUUUUUAAAACUGAACUUUUUUAUUGAAAAUUUUUGAAAUUCAAAAAAUAUGUUUCUACUCCAAACUGCAUUUUCCUGAUUUUCUCAUCCAUUAAUCUUAAAAAUCUCACGAAGAUAGAUUUUUUUUUUUAAUUUUUCCAAAAGUUUGAAGAUUUUUUCACCAGUAUAACCCAAAUUUUGAAAUUUUGAAUUUUUUUUUUUGGGGAAAAUUUUUUUUUCAAUGCGAGAAGGACAGAUUUGAUCAUAUUGUUUGAAAUUUUGAAUCGCCAUUUUUUGAAUCGAUCAAACCAAAAAAAUGAACAACUUUUUGCGCUUCCUGUGUCAAUAAAAAAAGGUUCUUAUCGAUUCCCAUUUUUUUCCUGAAUUUUUUUAUUUUUUUAUUUUAAUUUUUAUUCUGUUGGUUCUUUACAGCACCAGGAAGCGGAACUGGCGACGGAAGGCUCAAAAGUGCCGACGAACGCCGCGAUGCACGCCCAAAAGCCGAAUAUCCGGCAGCAAAACGUCCAGGAGAAGUUCAUCGAGAAGGAGGAAGUCCGACCCGAACUUCAGGUCUCGAAAACCUCUUCAAAUAAUUGAGCUCUUUUUUUCUUCGUUCUCGCUUUGCUUCUCAAGUUCGGAGGACUUUCAAGGACCUGGCAAGGCGGAAGUUUUGAGAGCGUAGUAAAAAGAAAAAACAUGUUUUUUUGGAUGGGAGGAUAGCUGAAAAAAAUUCGAUGAGCUUUUUUUAUUUUUUUUGAAAAAAAGAUUUAUAAUUUUUUUCUUUUUGAAAUUUUUUUCGAGCCUUUUUGGUGAACCUUUCAAGGCUGGUUUCCGAGAUUUUUUUAUAGUUUUUUUAUAACUAAAGAGGUUGAAAAAAAGCGAAUUUUUUUAUAGAAGAACCUUAUUUUUCACGAUUCUCUUGAACUUUCAUGGGGCAAAAAAAGCGGAAAAAGUUUUGAAAAAAUUUUUUUUUAAUUUAUGUUAUAAAUCAACUGAAUAAGCCCGAAAAAGAGGCUCUUUUUGAAUUUUUUUGAGGUCAGAAGGAAAAAGAAUUUUCAAAAUAAAUAUUAAAAAAAUCAGAUAUGUCGCUUUUUUUGUAAAUCAGGUAAAAAGGCCGAUUUUAUUUUUUUCUUUUUUUCCAAUUUUUUUCCGUCUUUUUCUUUGCUUUUUUUACAAUGUUUUACAAGCCCGGCCUUUUUGAUUAUAUCAGAAAUAUAUAUAAAGAGCUUUUUGGACAGCUACAACUUUCGAUACAAAAUCGACGAUAUACAUUUGUAGCCUUUCGAAAAGGAGAGCACUUUCAUGAAAAUCAAGAAACAAAAAUAAGAUUUUUGAGUUUUUCAGGGUUUUAUAAAGUUCUUAAGGUUUUCAGAACUUCUUAUAAAGGUUUAAGAAAGUUUUUUUAUCGAUUUUUGAGUGAGUUAAGGUUUUUUUAAAACCUCAUUAUUGAAGAAACUUUAAAGUUUGAGCGUUUCAAGAAAUCAUAAAUAGUAGCUUGAAUGAAUUGAUAGAUCUGAAAUAAUCAAUAAAAUGAAAAUAAUUUGUUUGCUAGGAAAAAAAAUGCGAUUUCUCAAGUAUAAGAGUUUCGUUUCCAUCUGAUUUUCGUGCAAACAAUUGAAAAAAUUUUGUUUUUGACAUGGAGAGAUAGGCUUUUCCCUUCGAACCGUGCUGUUGACAGACUGCGCGGACUUCGAAAUCUCGUCCGAUAGCUCACCAGAAAUCUCCUAAUUUUCAGCUUUUCAAAGGGAAUUUUAAGUUCUUGGAAAGGUAUGAGUAACAGCUGGCCAUGAGUCCUCUUUUUAGUUAUUUUUGAGAAAAUUACCCAGUUUUUUGAAUAAGGUAGGCUGAAAGUUUUACAUAAGAUAUCGGAUAAGAUGAUUAUUUCUCUAUAAACCUGCGCUCUUUCAACUUUAAAAAAUUCAGAAAAAAAUUUCUUCAAAAAGUCUCACCGAUACAUUUUUUUCAAUAGUUAGAAGAUUUCUGAUGAGAUUCUGAAUUUCAAUAGCACGGUUCGCAAAGAAAAAAAUCUAUGCCUAUAGAUCAUUUUUUUUAUAUUCACAUAAAUAAUAUUUUUCGCGAUAUUCAAGACAUCCAAAAGGACCUUUCCCUUAUAAAUUGAGCUAAUGAAGAACCUUGUGCAUCUGAGAAAAUCAUAGCUCAACGAAACCUGACUUACCUUUCUCUGACAUGAAAAACAUAUUUUUCAGAGAUGAACUUUGAAAAUUCAUGCCUUUUUUAAACGUGAAUCGAGAUUUUCGCGAAUUCGAACAUCCUAGGUGGUAAUAUCUCUAUUGACAAAUCUCGCGCGUUUUUUAAAAAUCAGAGCUCAAAAAAACAUGUAUACUCAGCCAAUUUACCUAUAUUCUUUCAAAAAGAGCUUCGGAAAUGUUGAAACGGAACCAAGCUAAGGAUAUUUUUUUCUUCAAAAAAAUGAGCUUCUGACGAAUUUUUUUCUCGUUUUGAAAAACCAAAAAAAGUUUAUUUUCUUCAAGAAAAAAACAGAUCUUUCCUAGAUGAUUUUUUUCAGUUUCUAUUUUUUUCAUUUUAAGUCGAGAUUUGGGCAAUAUUCGCUCAUUUUUUUAAAAAAACAUAGGUUACUAAAAAAAUGAUAGAAAAUCUCACCUUCCUUUACAAAGAAGGGCUUUUAACUUUACGGUUGGGAUUUACUUGAAAAUUGGCCAGGAUACUCCUUGAAGCACCAAAAGAAGAUCCUGAAAGUCUCAAUCUGCACGAAUUCCUAGUUUUCAAGAAGGGAAACCUCAAAUAAAGUAAAAAUAGGCCAUUUUGAGGUUUGGAGCCCUUAUUUCUUGGAAACUAGAAAGCUGUGCGGAUCGGGACCUUCAAGAUCAUCAUCUGAUAGUUCAAGGAGUGUUCAGGCCAAUUUUCAGGAAAAUCCCAAAAAACAAAAUGAACUCCCUUGUUAGACAAAAAGCAGAUAUUUCACAACCUUCAAAAAGAGAAAAACUCAUCGAAUAGCUCAGCGAAAACCAGUCCCAGCUUACCUGAUCAUCCAAUUUACCUGUGUGUGCAAGCAAUCCGCCCGUCUGUCUCAUUGUAAAGAGCGAACGGGUGGAAAAGCAAAAGUUGCAAAAAAAAAGAAAGCUGACUGAUGGGAUGGUGUAGGCGGCGCCGAAGGCGGGACAACUCGAGGGCGCCCGGCGCUGGGAGAACGACGCGCAGAUCCGCCAACGACAGCCCGACAUGGGACGUGAACGAGGACCCGCCGCCGUCAUCCUUCAGGUAUCCGAAAUCAAUCGAUUGCUUUUUUUUUUUGAAAAUUAGGAGGUUGAUGAGUCAUUACAGUUAUCUGAAAAAUGUAUGAGUUCUUUCUGGAAUGAUAGGUUUUGAUGAGAAAAAAAGAAAUCAAAUCAAUCGAUAGUUUUUUUGACAACAGAAGGUUGAUAAGUCAUUAUAGUAAGCUAACUUUUAAAAUAAAUCGAUUCUUUUUUUUUUUUUGAUAUUAGGAGGUUUAUGAGUCAUUACAGUUAUUGGAACAAUUGAUAAGUUAUUUUUUUGAUUUAGUAGCUUUCGAUAAUUAAUAAAAGUUUUAAGUCAAUCGAUUUUUUUGAAAGCAGGAGGUCAAUGAGUCAUUACAGUAAUCUGAAAAAAAUUGAUAAAUUUUUGGAUUACUAGGUUUCGAUGAGAAAAAAAGAAUCAAAUCAAUCGAUAAUUCUUUGAAAAAAAGCCAGGUUGAUGAGUCAUUACAGUAACCUAACUUUUAAAAUUAAUCGAUUUGUUUUUCUUUUUUGGAAAUCAGGAGGUUGAUGAGUCAUUACAGGAACCUAAUUAAUCGAUAAAUUCAUUUGACGAGGAUCAAUCGAUAAUUUUUUUGAAAAAUUAAAGGUUUAUAAGAGAAACAGCCUGUCAAGGUAAUGAAGUCUGUAUCAUUAGAAGUGUCUAUUUGAACCAGAAAGUACUGUAUUUACAGUAUCCUGAUCAGUCUGUAGUUUUUUUCUUGAAGACAGGAGGUCGAUGAGUCAUUACAGUAUUUUUAAUUAAUCGAUAAAUUCAUUUGAUGAGGAUCAAUCGAUAGUUCUUGAAAAUUUGAGGUAAUGAGAAAAAAAUGAGUAAAAAUUACGGCAUUCCAAUCAAUAGAUAACUUUUUAAACUUCGAGGUUAAAAAAAAAAAAAAAUAUUCAAAUCAAUCGAUAGGUUGAUAAAAAUACAGGAGCUGAAAAAGUGUUUUUAAGAAAAAUAAUUUUUUUCGAAAAAAAGUUAAGAAUAUAUGAUUAGAAAAAAAUAUGUAAAUUCAACGAAGUAGAUCCUAUUUUCAUAGUAUCCUAAACAAACGAGAUUUUUUCUAAAAACAAGAGCUCAAGAAAAUGGCAGAUUUUUUUUAAUCGACUUGCCUGUUUCAGCUUCUUAAUUUACUGUUACUAUAUUUUUUUUUCUAAUAAUUGGUUCACAUAAAAUUUAAAUAAGACGCCUCUUGAGUUCAGUUGUUCUAUUGCCUUUUCAGAGAACAAACUUAUUUUUUAAUAAAAAUGUGUCUAAACCGCAUUUUUAUUCCUGUCAGAAACAUGAUUGAAAAAUCUACUUUCAUUCACAUUUUUCAUCAUUUUUAUUUUGUUUCUAGUCAUUUUCCAGCUUUUCAAAGCCGAGAAAACUCUGAAAAAAGGAAAGUUAACUCAAAAAAAUUUUGUUUCUUUUUUUGGUGACGUUAUUGCGGAAAAUAACUCAUCCAUUAAUUAGAUUUCCAGCGGUUUAUGAGCCUCCAAUCUCCGUAAACAAACCCGUAAAUAUAUUUUGGUUGUAUAAUUUUAGAGUGGAAAGGCAUCUUCAUUAAUUAAUAUGAGAACCAAAGGACGGGACCCGAAAUAUAAAUAUUUUUUUGAGCUGUUCUAUAAUGUUGAAGAUGUGAAGGGAACAAUUUAUACCAGAAAAAAAUAAGAUAUAAGUUGUGAGGUAUUUGUGAUUUUUUUCUUGAAAAAUUUUUGAAUUUUUCGUUCCUAUUUUUUUGCGAAAAAUUUCAAAAGUUCUAAUUUAUAUAUAUAUGUAACUGGAAAAAUUUUUAGGCCUAUUUUUUUCUUAGUGAUUUGAAAAUUGUAAAAAAAGUGUUUUCUCAAAAUUUACGAUUCAUAGUUUUGAAAAAAAUGAUUUUUUUGCGCUACUUUUUCGGUUUCAAUAAAUAAGUAAAAGAAAUGUUUUGAAUUGAACAAGAAUUUAAAAAAAUCAUUCGGUUCCAAAUUUUUCAAAUUUGCAUUUCAGGGUCCCCAGGGACGUCUGCGUCGAACCGCGGGUCUACCCGGGGCCCGUUUGCAGCUUUGCUCCCGUUAACCGGGAACUUGUUCCUCAUAGGGAAAUUUUCAAAUCAGUUCAGCUUUUUCCUUAUUUUUUGCGAAUUUAUUUCUUAAAAAUGUUAUUAGUUUCAUAAAGCUCCUGGGCAAUUGGGAAGUAGUUUUUUUUUCUUACAUGUAAUGGCUCAGAGCGUUGCGGUGUGAAGAGUAUCUGUUACUUUGUUCCGAUAGAUCCCUUGCGCGAAAGUCAUUUCAGGUCGGUUGCGCUUCAAAUCAGGAAUUUUAAAUGCGACCUUCCAAGCUUAAAAAGAUUUUCUUAAAAAGAAAAAAUUUUUUUCAGUUCUGUUUAGGCCCGAAAGAGAAGAAGAACAAACUCUAUCUAUUUUUCGCAUAAUUCUGGAGCCUCUCUAAUUAUCUUUGGUCAUUGACGCUCUCCAAAAAAAGUAAUUUAAUAAAAAAAGACACGUUUUGGAACAUCCCUUUUUGAGCCAGGAAAAAAAACGAAGCUUCAUGUAAAUAUUUCUUUCUUUUCUUCAGAGCAAUUGCAUGUAAACGAUCGGAAAUAUCGUUUUUUAUUCAUUCCGAACAAUCCGGAUAUUCCUUUCCCUUUUCUUUAAAGACGUAGAAGUUUUUUUUUUGACAGAUAAGGCUUUUCUUUGAGCUUUCUGGUUCAAAAGACUUUCAUAGGACCUUGUAAAAAGCCUAAGAAAAGACCAGUUUUUUGAGCUUUUCUUUGCAAAUUCCUUCAAAGAACCUUUUGAAAACCCCAAAAAAGCCGUUUUUUGAGCUUUUCAUGCGUUUUUUUUUUCAAAGAACCUUUUGAAAAGCUCAAAAAAGAAGUUUCUGGGAGCCAUUCAGUGCUCGGCGAGUUCGGAAAUUGCGCCGGAAACACUUUGGAAACGACGUCAACGUUGAUCUUUAACGCUAAAUUUAACUUUGAAAGCUCGUCGAGCGAGGGAAGUCGAAUUACUGCUCGAAAUUUGUUUUCGAAUGAAAAUUUAUUGCUAUAUUCUGCUGUAUACAUUCAUAUGAUUGGAUUAUUACGUUCAAGAUUCCUUGACGUAGUGGUUUUUGCUUGAUUUUUCUGUUUUCCAGAGUCUUUGGUAUAAAUAAGAUUGGCUGGGAGGGGAGGAAGCUUUUCCUUUGAGUCAUACUUUUUUUGUCUUUUCGAUAUUUUUCUUAUUUUUAAUCUUGUACUGGCAAGAUUUUUAGUGGUCACUUAAGGGGUUCCUUAAAGACUACUUGGAGAGGACACUAAAGUGACUACUAGAAGGUCGAAACCCUUAAGUGGUCCCUUAAAAAUUUUGCCAGUAGUGUAAUAGAUGCCAUUAAAGCCAUCUACGGAAGUUAUCAUGAAAAAAAAUUUUAUCAUGAAAAAAAAAUUUUUUUUUUGAUUUUUUUUUACUGGAAAAGACUUCAAAUUUCAAGUUUUUUAUUUAAAUAAUUUUUUUUCUAAGUCUUUUUGCGACUAGAUCUCGGUCUAUAGCUCAUUUAUAGUUAGCCAAUUAUUCUACUGAUAAAGCAUAUUGUUGAGCGAAAACCGUUUCAAGUCGGUCGCAAAUCGAAAAAUCAUUUCAUCUAGUUUAUAAACCGGAAUUUCGUUCCUUACUUUACGAUUAAUAUAUCAAUUUUUUUCGUAAUAUUUUUUUCGCUCAAUCAUUCCCAAUAUCCAGCUCAUCUCAUACUCCUGGAAAAGCUGGCCUUUUUCCAAAAAAAAAAAAGUCCAAAAAACCAAAACGUAUCAUGCCCCACCCACACUUCGUUGCACUAAAAAUGCAAAGACUAGAACAAAAAACGUGUUAUUUUUGUUGCGUGACCGAAAAGGGCUCUUGAAAUAUUCACAUUUCGAAGCCCACGCUUUUCUUUUUUUCGGAACAAUGUUCUUUUUCCAAUCGUGACUCACUAUUUUGGAUGAAAUUGCGAAGAAGCGUGGAAUUUAUUUUUGGCUAAAGUUCAAGGAUAACGAGAAUCUUAUUUUCUUCAUUUUAUAAGCUUUCGAUCGGGGAUAGCUCAAUUUCUGUACAGAGUUUGAGGUUUUUAUAUUUUCUUCAUUUUUUUUAGGCUUUUUAGAUCGGCAAAUAGUUCAAAUUUUUCAGAGGUUUUAAAUUUUUUUCUAUUAUUUUAAUCGAAGAUAGCGAUUUUCAGAAUUAAUCAAAAAAACAUUUUUCAAAAAAAUAAAUCUUGAAAUGUAAAGAUCCAAUUUAUCAGAAUUAAAUAAGAACAAUUUCCGAUUUUUUUCAUGUCUUUCAUUUCAAAAAAAAAAUCCGUCUUUAUCAAGGAAACGUUCAAAAAAUCAAAAAAUGUGUUUUUUCCACAAAAAACCCUGUGAAUCACUGUUUCAAUUCGUCAGAGCACAAGGAAGCGUGAAAUGUUAUUUUUUUCCCCUGCCCAACUUUUUAAUGAUACCGAGAAGACACUUUUUUAAUGACUUUUUCUUUGAUAAGGAAGUUGAUGCGGGACAUUAAAUUCUGGGUUUCCAUGGGUUUUCUGUCGAAUCGGAACGUCCCGACGGAGCUUCUUUGGAUGGUUUUGAAGUUGAAUUUUCGGUUAUUUGAGCCUGUUUUAAUUUUUAUUGGUAGCUUUUUUUGUCUUUUCUGAAUUUGUAUUCUGAAAAAAAAUGUUUUGAUACGUUUCUUAUGAAGCUUUAUUUGAUAAGGAAAUUGAAAAAAAAAGCCUUUUUUUUCUUUUCUUUUUUUAACUGUUCAAUAUCUGACUCAUUUUAAAUGACCUUUUUUUGCAAAAAUUUGAUUCAAAAAAAUUUUUUUGAGACUUUUUGAGAUUAAAUGGACAUUUAUAUAUAAAUCCUUAUCCGUUUUUUCAACUUCUUUUCCGAGCUCAAAAUUCCAGAAAUCGAAAAAAUUACAAUUCUUCCCAAUUUUUCUUUUUUUUUUUCGCUCCCAAAAACUUGUGAUCUCCGGCAAGCUGCAUCCCAUCAAUGCAAAGCCCCCCUGCUUAGGAACUUCCUUCAAAACUAAACGAAAUGGCGGAAAAGAGCGGCUUAAAGCGCGGCGUCGGUAAUCGCGCCCCACGGCUAAUCUCUGCACGAGUGGGCGGAGUCGACGAGGUCAAGGGCCCCGAGGCAAAUGGUCCGUCGCACACGAAACAAUUACAACACAACCCACUCUCUCGCCGCUUUUUUCCCCUGUUUCUGCUUCGUUUUUAUUUAUUUUUCGAGCUUUCAAGUGUUCCGAAUGGCUCAUUGAUUAGUCAGGAUGAAGCUUGAAAUUUCAUCUGAAUCGAAAUUUUUUGGAUAACUACUUUCACUUACUUGAGCGGAUAAAAUUGGUUUUUUUGGCUAAGAGAUAAAAAAUUGAUGAGUCAGAGACUAUAAGCUGAGCGAAAAUCUCAAAAUCGCCUUUAGGUCCAUUUUCUUCCGGAAUUUUCUCAGUUUUUUUCUCUGAAGUUUUUCAAGAUUUUUAGACCGUUUUUUCUUCAUUAGGCUUAUUUGAUACUUGAAAGAACUUAUUGAAGAUCAGAAAAAAAUAUAUACAUUUUUGGUUUUUCCGCUUUGGGAUAUUUUUUUGAGCUUCAUCAUGCCCCGAGGCUGUUUAAUUAUAACAAAAAAAGUUCAGUUUCGUAUUUUUCAGGCAGUUUUUAGUUAAAAAAAUACUAUAGUAUGCUCAAAAAAAGUGGCUCUCAAGGCCUUAAAGAAGUACUGUAAUUUUUUUCAUCUCAAGACCUUUUUGAAUAUAAUAUUUUUUUCAUGCUUUUUUUUAAUUUUUUUCAUUAAUGAUUUUUUUGAAAAAAAUUGUUUUGCAGGAUUUCAAACCCAGAAAAAAAUUUUUUUACCGGUUUGGCCGAAAAAAAGGAGUUCUGAUAUUUCUUUAAAAAAAUUAUUUAGGGUUCAAGUUUUAAUUUAAAAAUACUUUGAGAUUCAAAAUUUGAUUCCAAAAAUCUUUAGGGUUCAAAUUUUGCCUUACCGUGUUAUUUUUGGUUCAUACUCUGAUUCAAAAAUUCUCUAGGGCUCAAACAUCAAUUCGAAAAUUCUUCAGGGUCCAAACUAGACGUCCAGAGCCACGUCGAAAGUUACCAAUCCCACUUUAAUCCGAUUGAAACCAAGCCAUUUGGUCUCGAAAACAAACGAAUAAAAGCGUCGAUCACAUUGGAGCAACCUUUGCUCUUCCCUUUUUUCGCAUCCAAUUCAAAAAAGGACGCAAUAAAAACGGCCUCAAAAACGUUUUCCGAUCGUUCCCGAGGUCUUGGGAAAAAUGUCAUCGAGCCCUCGUUUUCUUCCAUUCUUUCUUCUUCUAUUUGCCCUCAGGCGUGUCUUUAUUUCGUCGUUUCGAAUCAAAUUUUUUUGAGGAAAAAGAUACGUUUCCGGUUGGUUUUGAAUUUUUUGCCCGCUAGAGUCUGGUGCCUGAAACUUUAUUUCCGAGUUUUUGGAUUUGAGGAGUUCUUUCUUGGCAUAUCCAAUAAGAAGAAGGAUUUUAUCUUCCACAAAGACUUCUUGGAGAUUUUUUCAAUUAUUUUGAGAAAACAUGGUGAUUUUUCGAAGCUUUACGGUACAAGAUAGCCCUAGAAAAAUUGACUUUUUCGAAAAAAAUUUUUUUUGGUUUUUUUCAAUUUUUUUGCCCUUCAUUUAAUUGUCCUUUAUUCAAUAGAACUUUUUCGUAAUUGCACGAAUUCUUCUGGUUUUUCUGAUCUUGAAUCGCUACUUUUUUAGAAAUCUAAUGGAAUAGGAUACGUUUCCGGUUGGUUUCAAAUUUUGGAAAUGACUUUUUUUUUCGUUCUUGCUAUGAAACUAGGCUUUUUAAUUAAUUAAUGAUUCAGGAGACUUUUCAUAAUAUUCUCUUUACCUUUCUAAUUAACGAAUUUAAUUAGCGAAGGGUAAUUACCUGGAUGACUUCAUCGUCCCUUCAGACCACAAUUAAUGACUCUUCUGAACUUUAUCGAGAUAAGGUUACUUUUUGAGCUAAUUCGUCAUCAUUUUCUGAAUUUUUCAAUAAUUGUUCGUUUUUGCGUUUUUCAUAAUCGUUAUUUGAGCUUAAAAGCACAUUAAUUCGUUAGGAAUGGCUGGCGCCCGACCCAAACCGACUUUCGCUUCUUUGACUCUUCGAAAAAAUGUUUUCAAAAAGAGAACAUUUUUCCCUUUUUUUUGUUUGCUCCAAAUCCAAAGAGGAAAUUUUCCUUGCAAGAAAUCAAAAAACAUGGUAAAAUGAAAGGAAAUCAGGUUUUCUCAGGUUUCGGAAAGCUUUCUGAAGAUUUGGAAGGAACAUCUAAAUAUUUAUCUUUUUUUUUUCUUAAAAGGUCAUGAGAGAAAUGAAAAGAUUCAAUAUUUUCCAUUUAUUCAUCGAAUUUUGAAGCUUUCCAUUUUUUUCUUUAAAACUCUGAACAAUUUUUUUGAAUUUCCUUAACUUGCCUUAAUUUCCUGUUUCACUUCAUUAAUUUAACUGAAUUUUACCCUUUCUUGCUAAUUUCUUUUUUGCUCCACUGUACCUAAAUUUAGAAUUUCCCGCUGAAAAACUUCAAACAAAAAAAGUAGAAUCAUACAGCUGCCCCCGACCCGGCUUCGAGUAUAUAUUUCCGCCCUCCUCGGCGGCCAAUUUUUCCCCAAGACUUUACACAAAAAUCCGUUGAAAAAGUCCCCGGAACGAUCGUUUUAAUACCUGCCCCACCUUUUCCCUCCUUGCAAACGACUUUUGAUUUCUCUAACCCUUCUUUUUGCCACCUCUGAUUUAUAGGUAACAGUUGGCUUUUGGGAAAAGCUCGGGUUAUAUAGUUAGGGCUCAUGAUUUUACUUGGAAGAUGGGAGAGUUAAAGGGAACUUAAAAAAAAUGAGAUAGUCGAAUUGAAAAAUCGUGGUCGCAUUUGGAAUGGCUCGAGCUUGAUAGAAAAAAAAACGUGGCAUUUUUGAGCUUCGAGCCAUUCCAAAUGCGGCCCUGAUCUUUCUGUAAGGUUCAUCCAAGCCAAAAUAUCCUCAGACGUCAAAGAUUCUAAAAAAUUUGAGUUUCCGCUCGGACCUUGGAACCGGACGUUCUAGUGACCACUUUAGCGGCGCCAAAACCCUCAAGGGAUCCCUAGAAUGGCUCAGAAAUGUCCAUUUUUCACGAAAUUCAGUUUCUGAUAAGAAAAGUUAGUUAAAAGAAACUUGAAAAAAAUGAGAUUGUCGAUUUUAAAGUCCGUGGUGGCAUUUGGAAAGGCUCGAGCUUGAUAGAAAAAAAAACGUGGCAUUUUUGAGCUUCGAGCCAUUCCAAAUGCGGCCCUGAUCUUUUGUGUGAGGCUUUUUUGAGCCAGAAUAUCCUCAGACGUCAAAGAUCCCAAAAAUUUUGAAAUGAAGAUCGUAACAUCUGCCCGGACUUUCUAGUGACCACUUUAGCGGCCUCAGAACCCUCAAGUCAUCCCUAGAAUGACUCAGAAUGUCAAUUUUUAACGAAAUUCCAGUUCCUAAAAAGAAAAAAUGUUGCUUUUUUGACCUUUUUUGCUAUAUACAUCAUUUUUCGACUUGAAAUCAACCUUGAACCCUUUAAUUUUCAAAGAAAUAUCUGCCAUCCAUCAUCUGUACCAGGAAAUGGAAAAUAACCACUUGGGACCCUCAAAAAAGUAUUAUUUUCUAGUCGAAAGAAAAGAACAACAACUUGUGUAUAUUUUCAAGGAAAAUUCCUUUGAGAACCCUUAAUCUUCAUCUUUUCUCACCCAAAAACACAGCAAAAAUCUUAUCGGAAGGCCAAAUUCCAGGAUUUGUGUUCCCGAAGAAGAAUCCGUCCUCACGGCGAGAGACUCAUUUGCAUUUCUUCCCGUUUUUUCUGCAGUUCCAAAGUCAUUUUUCCGUUUUUCGUUCGUUCUCGUUUGCUUAGAAUAAUGAGAAUAUUUUCUUUUCUUUUUUUCGGAUGCUCGCCCAUCAGCAAGCGCCGUAUCUCAACACGGCUGAUUUCGGCAAAAAAUCCGCCGCUCUUAUGGUAAUUUAUAGCUGAUAAUAGUGUUUCUUGACUGGUAUAAAUUCCCAGAAUUACCUCAUUUUGAAUUUCGAAUUUUCUACGGAAUUGAAACUUACGAUUGCCUAAAUUUUUCUUAAAUUGCAAAAUCAAUAAAAUUUAAAAAAGAAUAAAAAAAAUUUCCAAUUCAUUCCUUCGAUGAGUUGCUUCUCCUCACAAAUUUUCGAAGGAAUGAAUUAUCUUCAUUAAAUUUGAAAUUUGAAAGGUUAUUUUCCAUCUUGUAGGCCUCAUAAUUCUAUUAUAAUAUUUAUGGAUCAUAAAAAUAAAUUCCAGGAAAAAAAUGAACCAAUUUGAGGGAUUUUUUUAUAUAUUUAUUUUUUUAUUUUACUUCAUUUUUUUAUUGAUUAAUCGGUUUAUAACUCGAGUUUUUCAGUUAAAAUGAAAGAAAGAAGUCGUAAUUGGAUGAGAAAAAUGAAGAAAUAUUAACAAUUUUUUUAGAUUUUUUUCUCCAAAUUCUCGAAUUUUCCUUUUCCGGGAAGCUAAACUGAUUAUUUACAUUCGAGGGUAGUUUGACAUUUGAUAAGGGCCAUAAAAGGCUGACUUGACAUUUUAGGGAGGACAUUUACGACUAGAAGGAAAAAAAUAAUCAGAAAAAAAUCCAUUUAAAAAAAGGGGUUUUUAGUCGCAAAAUAUUAAUUUUUUUGAUAAUUUUCAAGAAAAAUCUAAAUGUCUUUUAAGUGAUCACUCAAGGGUUAAAAAAAAAAUUGGAAACAACUCCAAAAAAAAGUCAUUUCAGAAGUCGGGAAAAUGAGUAAAAAAAAAGCAAAGAACGUCAUCAUAUUGCUCAUGUUAGCUCAUAGUUCCUAACGUUAUCAUUUCCAGGACGACGCGUGCUGGCAGACACAGAAGCGUGUGCCGGUCGAAAUUCAGCAGCCGCAGGUCGGCCGCAUCGCGAUUCCCGAACUCACCGAGAAGGAAGUUCAGGUAAUCAAUCAAUUAUUUAAAAUUCCCGAAAUCAAUCAAUAAUUUCCAGAAAACGAUCGUAGCACAGCCGGCGAGUUACCAAAAGGUGAAAUGGAACGAAUUCCCCGAGGAGGAGAAGUUUGAACUGACGGCAGCCCCGAGGACAAAGGCCCAGGAAUGGGUGCCAGUUAAUCAGGUAUUUUUAUGACGUCAUUGAAUGGGAAUAGAGACGUCAUUGAGGAUAAUAUACGAAAAUUCCGGAUUUUUUCAUGUAGAAGUUGGUUUUUUUUGUUUUUUCUAUGACCUUCCUGCUGGAAGUUUCCUUCAGCUUUUUUUUUGCAUGACGUCAUAAAAUAGGAAACAAUGACGUCACUUAGUAAAAUAUACGAAUAUUUGGAAUUUUUCCAUGUAAAAUUAAGAUUUUUUCAAUUUUACUUUUUUUUUUUCAUUUUCUGCUUAUGACGUAAUUCCCGGAGUUCUGAGGCUUUCAAUUUUUUUUUUUCUGCAUGACGUCAUAAAAUGUGAAUGAUGACGUCACAUUUUGUCUUUUUUUGUGAAUUUUGAAGCCUCCGAAACAGAAAAAAAUGUAGAGAUUGCAAUUUUCACAAGGAUUUUUUUCUAUCCGAACGCCUCUUAUUUUCCCAUUUGAUAUUUAUUUUUCACCGUGUCAACCCCCUCAUUUUUCGAGUUCAGUAAUUUAUAAGUCAAUCAAAAAUCGUUUUCUGGAUCCAACUGAGAGAGAAAAGAACAGCCGCGUCUGUUUUUCCGGAGCUUGACGAGAAAAAUAUCGCCUCCUCGAAAUUCUUCUUUUUUCCACACGAAGAGAGAGAAAAGAGGUGUUGACGUUGGUGAUUAGAGUUUCGAGACGAUUAGAGACACUGUUUGUUGAUUUUCGAGACUAAAGAACGGUUUGGAAAGGGUGUGGUUUGAGUUUUGGAGCAUUUCGAGGCGCAAAACAACUUGAUUCAAGGAUGUGUGCUCCAUUGAUACUUUUAUGCUGGUAAUAUGAGCAAUAUGGGGCACAAAGUUGAGCAACAGGUUGUGUGUCUUUCUGCGGUUUACAGGGUCGCCAGUUCGAUCCCUCUCCGUGGUUACUUACUACCAACAUUUCUUGAACACUUGGUUGGACAGGGGAUUGAACUUGUGACCCUGUGGGCCGUAGACAAGCACCUAACCUGCUGCGCUAUUCCUUAAAAAAACUUUUUCCAUCUCACCAAGAAUAUGAAUUUUUUCAAGGCCGGAAUUCACAAAAAAAUCGGUCAAAUUAUUUUUUCAUGUACUGAAUAAACAUCUCAAAGGUAUCUGAAAAGCCGCUGAUUUUCGAGAAAAAUGAGUCAGAAUCUCAGAAUGUCCCUUUCAACCUAAUUUUGAUCAUCUUUGACUUUGAAGGCUCCUACUCAACUUUCAAAGUUGUUUCAGCCGGGAAAAAUUAAUUUUUUCACAAGAAAAAAAAGCAAAUUUCUUCUCUAAAAAGAUGAAACAUCGAAUCUUCUAUUUUUAAAUCAAAAAAAUAUAGAUUUUUUUAUCUUUCCAGGAUCAAACCGAGCUGCAACGAAGCCUCUACCGGCCCGCCCGAAUCUCGGCCGUAUGGCCACCGCCGCAAGACGAAAACGUCAAAGAAGGGUGAGUGGCUAAAGAGCGCCGUCUCUGGUGAAAAGGUCGAGGGUUCGACUCCUCUUAGCGUUUUUUCUUCUUUUUGGAGACGUUUGGAACACAUGUUUCAAGUUUUGUACGUAGUUUGAUCUUGAGAGAUGUCAUAACUUGAAGGCGGUUGAAUACGAUUUUUAACACUUUUAGCUUCAAAAUCCUUGUGAAAAAGUGGAGAAAGGUUUUUCGAGGAAUUAAUGACCCAUACGGUAUUCCAAGAACAUUUUUCUGCAGACACCAAGUCCUCGUGGUGAAGGCGAACGACGACGGCGCCUGGAUCCAACAAGACCAGAACGGAAUCACGAAACAGGCCGUCUGGGGCAAAACUUCCCGAAUCAACCGCGUCUGGCCGCCGCCGGAGAACGACAGUUCCCUGUCCGAUUAUUCAGGUGAGCAAAGGUGUCCGUGUUGAAGAAUGUCUCAAAUGAACGUGGUACUCGUUGUCUGCGAACGGAUAUGAUCCUGUUAAUGUUUAGUUCAAAAAUACUCGUUUUUCCGAAGCCUAAUCUUUAAAAGCCAGGGCAGAAGGUUCCUUGGCGUUUUAACUGAAAAUAGAGCCUGCAUCCGACUCAAGACGAGUUGCGCCAUUUUAUAUGUUUAAAUAUGCGACUUUUCGAAUCUCUGUAGAUCUCUGUUUCAAAUCUAGGUUAAGGUUGAAGCAGACUUUAAACAAUCAUUACCCUGCCGUUUUUCCAAGGUCACCCAAUGUUUAUCCCUUUAGGGAUCACUCUGUCGCUCCUAGGUGUCCUACCCAACUUGAGAGUUUAGUAUUCCAUAAAAAUGAAAGUAGGUACCACCUGAAUUUUAGCCCUUUAGGGACCCCUAUUUUGUCCCCUAUAGGGCUGUUUUUCCACAAACCCCUUUAGGGACCACUUUGGCGUUUUUAAGUACCACCAUCUUUCCUAACUUGAGAGCUUUAGUUUCAAAUAAAAAUAGCCGAAACGAACAUCCCUUGGUGAAACUUGGGUAGUUUUUCAACCAUUUAGGGCCAUCCAAAAUUUAGCCCUCUAGGGAGCACUAUACUGCCCCAUAUAGGGGCUGUUUUUUUUCAAAAGCCCUCUAGGGACCACUUUGGCGUUCCUAAGUGUUUUACCCAACUUGAGUUUUAGUCUACCAUAAAAUAGCCGAAAAAAAGAUCCCUUGGUCAGAAAUGAGUAGUUUUUCAACCAUGUAGGGACCACGUAAAUUUUAGCCCUUUAGGGAGCACUAUUUAGUCCCCUAUAGGGGCUGUUUUUCCACAAACCCCUUCAGGGACCACUUUGGAAUUUUUAAGUACAGGGUGACAAGUAAAUAUUGAAACCGUUUUUUGUUUGAUCGCUGCUUUUUGCACAAAGGACUGGCCAUUGAAUUUUUUUGUUUAUUUCGUUCAUUCAUGCUCACUUAUCAUGUUUUUGAAGUUACAGCUCACACUUUUCAGUUUUCAGGUAAUGGUGGCCCCAUCUCCGUACCGUACCGCAAUCAUUGAUUGUGUCAAAAGCUGAAUGACGAAUUCAGAGAUCGUUAAAAAGCUGAAAGUGUCUCGUGCUCUCGUUUUUCGAACUGCACAACGCUAUCGGCAUCUCGGUACUUCAGAUGACAUCCAAAGAAGGGGAUUUCCAGUCACCGUCACGACUCCAGAAGCAGUCAAAGCCGUUCGAGAGAAAAUCAGACGCACUCCGGAAAGAAGCAUGAGAAAGAUGUCAAAAGAAUACGAAAUGAGUCGAGAAUCGAUGAGAACUAUUGUCAAGGACAAGCUGAAGAUGAUUCCCUACCGUAUGCAGAAAGGAGCCUUCCUCAAUCAAAAAAACAUGACAUUGCGGAUGAAAAAGGCUCGAAAGCUGCUCGCUGGCACGAAAGAUGGCUCGCAUCUGACGACGCUAUUUACCGACGAGAAAAUCUUCACUGUGGAGCAGAACAAGAACGGCCAAAAUCAUCCGAUCAUCGCUACUGACUAUCAGAGUGCCUGUGAAAAAGAAAAAAAUCUGAAUAAAACUUCGUCUCCGGCUUCCGUGAUGGUUUUUUCCGGAAUUACCGCUGACGACAAAACUCCGCUGAUUUUUGUGGAUCCUGGAGUCAAAGUGAACCAAGUAUACUACAGGGAGUAGAUUUUAAAGUUGAGGGUGUUGCCCUGAGCCAAUUCUCACUACGGAAACCGACCAUGGACCUUCCAGCAAGACGGCGCCCCCGCUCAUCGUGCCAAAGGGACUCAAGAGUGUUGUCGCGCCAAUUUUCCGAGUUCAUCUCGGCUGCUGAUUGGCCUGCUUCCUCGCCCGACCUCAACCCGAUGGACUAUGCCGUGUGGAUAUAUCUGACCGAGAAGGUCUCUUCUAAGAACUACCCAAGUAUCAAAGCUCUGAAGACCGCGCUCAUCAAGAAAUGCGACGAAAUCGACGACAACUACCCUCGUGCCGUGAUCGAUGCGUAUCCGAAGAGACUGAAGGCCGUUAUCAAAGCUAAAGGAGGACGUUUUGAAAACUAUUCUUGAAUUUUGUUUCUAUAUUGUAUGAAUAAAAUUUGUUCCAAGUUUGGUGGUGUUUGGUUGACUUUUGAGAAAGUUAUAACGUUUCAAUAUUUACUUGUCACCCUGUACAUCUUUCCGAACUUGAGAGCUUUAGCCUCCAAUAAAAUACCCGAAAGGAACAUACGAAAUGCCUGUUUUUUUUUGCAACCAAAACCGAAAGCUUUACCCAUGUGUUCCCCGCUUGCAGGACCCCAACACAUGCCGGUCGUCCAGUGGCCGCCCCCGGAGUCCGAGGCGCACGAGCGCGAGCAGGUCGAGUUGCUCCAGAAGCACAUCCCGACCAAGAAGAUCGAGCGCCAGUGGCCCCCACCGCCGCCACAGUACCAGGGUGAGCCCGGGAUGGAGCUUGACUUUGAAAAAAAGGGUAGAAAAUGACUGGGAAUGUGGAAAAACUAGUGAUAAUUAUCAGUGAAGAAGUUGACCUUCAAGGUAAUGAAAAAAAUUAUUUUUUUGCUUGUGAAUUUUCCUUUAAAAAUUUCGAAGGAAAAAAACUUCUGAAUCGGUAUUUUUCCUUUAAUUUGAAGUAUAUUUUUUUCAAAAAGUUUGAGAAAAAUAUAAACCGUUUUUUUAGUUCAUCUCAUGUAACCGAAAGUAAACUUUAAAAAAAGAUAGAUUUUGAAAAAAAUCAAAAAAAAAUUUUUAACAGAAAAAAAUAGACGCAUUUUCGAAAUUUUUUGUAAAUUGAGAGAUUCUUGACAAAUGAUUGAUUUAAAUAUUUUUUUUUCUUCCCUUCUCAUUAACAAUUUUUCCUUUCUUUACUCAUUUUUCAGUUUGACUAACCCAGAAACAUUAUUUUGAUUAAAAAUAAUAAAUUUUCAGUUGUCCAGUCGAGCGGCGAGAUCGAAACGCAGUACAACCCUGCUGAGGUUCGUUUUCUUUUUCUCGUUCGAAAAAUGGAUUUUUUUAAAAAGAAAACAAAAAUCUUUUAUAUCCGCAUGUACUCUUUCUUCCAUCAGAGGUUUAAAUUUUCGGAUUUAAAUGUUUAUUUGUAGUGGUUCAUUUACAGCUGCCAAGGACGCAAAAAAAAAGAAUUAAAAAAAAAAAUGAAAAUUACCUUUCCUGAGAACUUUUUUAACACACCUCUUGCUCAGACAACGUGGGGAAAAACCCUAAGUGAUCUCUGUAGGGAAAAAGGCUGCCCUUGAGUGACCACUUAGGCUUGUCUACGGUUCGUUUUUGGGCCUCGCGAUGUCUGGGUUUUCUGAUGCCGUGUUCAUAGAAAUUUUAAAAAAGCGAUUUCAAAAUUUAACGCAAAGUCGGAUUUCCGGGAAUCGAGGGUCUUACAACGAAAUGGCGAUUUUUACGCCAAAAAUUGAAUUUUUCAAAUUUUUUGAAAUCAAGUAAGCAAAUUUUUGAAUUGUUGCGUGAAGUCUAUAUAUCUUUGUAAACCAAACAAAAAAAACUCCCCCAACCGUUUUUUUUUCUCUAACGGCUCCCGAAAUGUCGAUUUCGCUUCAAUCAAUCAAUUUGUUUAUUUUUCGCAACAUCGGGAUGGUAUGACUUAAUCAGAUCCAACGAAGAAAACUUAUUUUUAAACCACCGAAAUUACCUUGAACACGGCAUGAACUUUUCCUUCCUCUCUUCUUUCCCACCACCCAGCACUUCACCAUUUCAGGUGGAAGCCUCCUCGACGACCGUCACGACGACCACGACGACCACGUCUUCCUCGACGACCCAGCAGCAGCAAAAUGGACAAACGCCGGUGAAUAGUCUCCGCAUGGGCCAUAUCCACGCCUGAAACACGGCUGAAUGUAAAUUGCUUGACGCUUCCUCACUAUGCUAUCCACGGGCAAGGUCCGGAAGGUUUUGGAGAGAAGGCUUAUGAAAAGGACCUUUCAAUUAGGAAAUAGGUGAAAAAGGAGAAAAUAAAGGAAUAAGAGUCUGUGCCAAAGACUAUAAUCAACCGUCUCGACUUCUCGCUAGCUCCGCCGUCGCUGCUCCAAAACGACCAGCCAAUCCGGACCCGACGAAUAUAAUACAGAAAUGGGUGUCACUCCGUUCCGUCUUCACAGAAAUAUAUACAAAAGUGAUGCUCGCCACUUUUCUGUGUGCCUAGGAAGACGGAACGGAGUGGCACCCCCACUCUUUAUUGCCUAUAUUCGGAUGAGGGGUUUGAGCUCGGCUAGUCGUCGUCGGAGGGGAGCGGAGCACCAGGGGAGGAGUCGAGACGGUCCGAGGAAUAUAUUCUGAGGAAUUCAGGCUCUUUUAUACCCUUCUAAUCUCUCACGUGAUCUAUUAAUCACGCCUAUUUACAUACUCAACACUUUUGACACCUUUUUAGAAAGCUCUAGAAUCUUCUUUUUAAGGUCUUUUUGAGGCUUUGCCUGUGCCGUUUCGCUGCUGUUCUUUCUUCUUGAAAAACCCUUAUUUUCAGCUUCUCUUUUAACAAAAUUUGGUCGUCUUUUGACCUAAAAAAUUCAAAAGUCUUAUUCGGGCCUCAGUGACUUUCUGCGCAUUUCUAGUGGUCCCUUAAGUGGCCUCAAAAGUUACUUGAAAUGCUCAGAAAAGUUCGGUUUGCGUUACCAAGGUGCGAGUACAAAGUAAAUUUCUCGCUGGAGCAAACUUUCAAAGCUCAAAAAAUGCAAAAAUAGAGCAUUUUGACUAAUUUUCUGUGAUUUUCUCGGAAUGAACACCAUUAAUGUUUGAGCCAUUUCACCUAGAAAAAAUUGAGUUUUUUUUUCGCUUUUAAUGCUUUAACUUGGCUUCAACUAACUUGAAAUAACCAAAAGUAACGCUGGAGUAAUAUAAAAGUAAGAUUCCCAUAUAAUAUAAAAAUACAUAUAAACUUGUUUUGGAUUAAGAAAAAGCUUUUUUUUUUGAUACAGAGCUUGAAAAAUAUGGUUUUUUCGUUUGAAAGAAUAGAUAUUUUGCCUCAAACUUUCUUCUUUUCCCCACCAAACAUUUGAAAAAUUUGAAGAAAAGGCUUGAAUAUGAUUCAAUUAAUCAACACUAUCAACACUUUUCGGUUUAAAAUAAUGUUUGAAUAACUUCACAGCAAAUAUGAAAAUAUUAAUUUGUUAAACGUAUAUAUAGUAACUAUUUCAAAGAACUCGAUUCAAUAAAAAACUAAUCAAUCCCAUUUUUCCAGACCCAACACCAACAGAUGCGGCUCGUCAAGACGAAAUAA